AUGGCCGCCUCGACGCUCAGCAUGCGCACCCUCACCAGCGCCUCCCCCGCCUGGGCAACCUCCGCACGCGCACACCACCACGCACACCACACGCCCUCCAUCAACUCGCACAACCAGUUCCUCUACACGCACCACCUCCAGAACCUCUCCGCGCCCCAGCUGCAGCUCUACGCCGACCAGCCGUACGCCCACUCCCAUUCCCAUUCCCACCACCACAGUGCGCAUCGGGGUGCGGGGGUGGGUCCGAGGCUGCAGGUGCAGAAGGGGGCGAGCGGGAGCUUGGGCACGCCGAGCUCGGCGCCGGCGCCUAGUCCGUCGGGUGCUGGCGGGCGCAGGAGGUCGGCGUCGAUCAGGAUGGCACCAGCGUCCUACAUCAAGUUCGACCCGUUCGCCGACGAGCCGGUCCUCCCUCCGCCUUCCCCCUCCUCCCCUCCUUCCUUAUCACCUUCACCCUCUCCGUCUAUAUCCAACCCAUCCGAACGCACCCCCAUCGCAAUCGCCGUCUCCGUGUCUACCUCAACCUCAACCUCAACCCCCUCCGACCUCCUACCCCUCUCCUCCAGCUCGCAGGCCAACCGCGCUGCGGGAGGCUCAGGCGCAGGUACAGGACCCUACACGAUCCAGAUCCCGCCCGCAGCGCCAGUCGAGGUGCAGCGGUACCAGCAGACCUACUCCUCCGCUCGCAGGGGGUACACACACGCCCACGCCCACGCUGAGCCUCUGUACAUCCGCUUGUCUCCCCUCGGCGGGAGCGGGAGCGGUGGCGGCGGCCUCUCAUCCAGUUCCUCCACCUCUACUUCAGCAGCAGCGAAGCGCUUCGCCUCAACCGCCAACACCACCGUUGCCCCCAACCUCGCACCCCGGAGCCGCCCGUCGACUCCACGACAGGCAUCCGGCCCAGGCGCCCUAUCGGGGCCGAACGUCUCCAAGCUCGUAGCUGGGAUCUUGCUCAACCGCGUGCAGGUGCGCAAGCCGCUGCGCCGGAGGGUCGGGCUCGGAGCUGGCGGUGCGGGUGCAGGAGGCGUGGGCGGGGAAAGGAAGGAGUACGUGAAGAGCUGCUUGUCGAGUGUCGUCAGCAUCGAGGCGUAG